GGCGAGACUGCAUGUCUUAGGGUGAUUGGGAGUUAUGAGUCCUAAACCGUGCUCCAGGGCGUCGGAAGGACUUGACACAGGAAGAGUGUUUCGCUCAGCAAAUGUCCCAUUCGUUUCCCCGGUGAAUUUACCCAGCAAGGAGGAAGUCAAAUAUGACGAAUUUUUAACCGAAGACGGAAACAUAUUCAAGUUUCGCCAGAGUCCGGACUACACGUUCGAAACGAAAAUCAGUGAAAAAGGCAGUGAGGCUGACGCAGAAACAGCUGAGACACUGGAUUUCAUCGUGAACGGUCCGAGUUACGUUAUCAUCGCUACGACAAAUCACACUCCUCUGAAAGUCUUCGUAGGGCGCCUCAAUGCUUUGGGUUAGGAGUCAUUUCUUUAUGGGGGUCGAUACAAAUAACGGCUCGUCAA